AACCCUCCUCCCCGUCGAUCUCCACUCGCAGCGCAGCCAGGCAACCAUCGCAGAAGCAAGCUCAAGUGGCACUGUGGCAGAGAGAUGAGGCCGGGGAGAGGCGGAGGCGGUGCGGCCGCGGAGCUAAUGGCGGCCGGCGGCGGCGCGCGGCCGGGCCUGUGGCGGACGCCGACGCCGUACCUCUUCCUGGGGUUCGCGCUCAUGAUGGGCCUCAUCGUUGUCGCGCUGCUCGUGCUCAUCUGCACGCGCCGCAAGCACUCGCCCUCGCGGCGGGAGGCCGAGAAGGCGGCGUCGCUGCACGGGGUGCUCGUCCCGCUCGACCGGGAGCCGCCCAGGGUCGUCGUCAUCAUGGCCGGCGACGAUUUGCCAUCCUUCCUCGCCAGCGCCAAGCCGCUCGCCCUCGCCGCACCACGCGACGCCGCCGUGUAGGCGCGCGCGCGGCGGCGGCGCGCCAGAACCCACCCACCCGCGCGGCGGCGACGUGCGCGGGCCGGGCCAAUUUUGUUCGAGAGAUUUUCCUUUGUUCUUUGUCUCGGAGCGAGUUCGUACGGGUGGCGUGAGCCGUGAGAGAGCACCCAGCCGCCGGCGGUUGCGGCGGCGGCGGCGGGUUUGAAAAUCUGUGAAACGAAGUAGUUUGGUUUGGUUUUGUUUCGGCAAAAGCUUUCCAGCUUCAAUAAACGCGUACGGCCUUAUUUUU